AAGUGUUCUCAAUUCUUUUUUCUUUUCUUCUUCCUAGCAAGAACCAGUUGAGUCAUCUUUGGGGCUUAGUAAUGGAGUAAGUGAUCUUUCUCCUGAGUAUGCCGUCCUGACUUCAGCUAUAAAAAAUGAAGUGGAUAGUACGGUGAACAUCAUAGUUGUAGGACAGUCCCAUCUGGACAGCAACAUCGAGGAUCAAGAGAUUGUCACUAACCCUCCGGACAUCUGCCAAGUUGUAGAGGUGACCACUGAGAGUGACGAACAGCCGGUCAGCAUGAGUGAGCUCUACCCUCUGCAGAUUUCCCCCGUGUCUUCCUAUGCAGAAAGCGAAACUACCGAUAGCGUGCCCAGUGACGAAGAGAGCGUCGAGGGACGACCACACUGGCGGAAGAGGAAUAUUGAAGGCAAACAGUACCUCAGCAACAUGGGGACGCGAAGCACCUACCUGCUGCCCAGCAUGGCGACCUUCGUUACUUCCAACAAACCCGACCUCCAGGUCACCAUCAAAGAGGAGAGCUGUCCGGUGCCUUACAACAGCUCGUGGCCCACUUUACCAGACCUGCCCCUCCCUCCCUCCGUGACCCCAGCGCCCAGCAGCAGUCGGCCGGACCGGGAGACUCGGGCCAGCGUCAUCAAGAAAACAUCCGAUAUCACCCAGGCCCGUGUCAAGAGCUGUUAAGCCUUCGACUUCCCCUGGUGGUUGUUGGGAUUUCUUGGCUUUGUUUUAUUGUUUGUUUGUAUUUUAUUUUUUCUCUCUGACACCUGUUUUAGACAAAUCUAAGGGAAAAAGCCUUGACAAUAGAACACUGAUUGCUGUGUCCAACUCCAGUACUGGAGCUUCUUUUUAACUCAGGACUCCAGCCCAUUGGUAGACGCGUAUCUCUAGAGCCUGCUGGAUCUCCCAGGGCUGCUCCCUCAAGUUCAAGGACGUCAUAGGACCAACACUCACACGGGCAGCGAGGUGCUGCAUUGCCUGUGGUCAAGGCCAGCAUGGUGGAGUGGAUGCCUCAGAACGGAUGAGAAAAUGUGAACUAGCUGGAAUUUUUUAUUCUUGUGAAUAUGUACAUAGGGCAGUACUAGCGACGUUGCAGUCUGCUUCUGCACCUUAUCUUAAAGCACUUACAGAUAGACCUUCUUCUUGUGAUCUUGCUCUAUUUCUCAGCACAUUCAGCGCUCCCCACCAACCCCUUCGCGGCCCUUUGUCCCGCUUCCCAGCCCAUCCCAUCCAGUUCCUUUCCUCCUUUUCCUCCCCGCAAAGGCGGUGUUCCACAUCCCUGAGGAGAAGAAGAAAAUGAACUUCUCCACAGAUGUCCCAUUUUUAAGACUGCUUUAAAAAAAAAAAAGAAAGAAAGAAAAAAGAAAAUCUAAUCUGCUGUGCUUGAAUGCCACGCGGUACAAAGGAAAACUUAUCAUGGAGAUAUUAUACAAAUUCCCAGAUUUGAAGACAAAAAUAUUCUAAUUCUAACCAGAGCAAGCUUUUUUAUUUUUAUACAGGGGAAUAUUUUAUUCAAGGUAAAAUUCUAAAGAAAAUAUAAUUGUUUUUUAUCUUUUCUACAGCAAAUUUAUAAUUUUAAGAUUCCUUUUCUUGUUUAUCAGCAGUUGUUAUUACAUCCUUGUGGCACAUUUUUUUUAAUUUUGUAAAGGUGAAAAAGCUUUUAUGAGCUCAUGUAGCAAUCAAAUUAUCCUGUGGAUUGAUAAUAAAUGAAUAUGAUAUAUAGUUAAAUUUUUAA